AAAGGAAUCCCAAAGUCAGUCGACAACAAGAUGCCACAGUGGCUGGUCAUCGGCAUUUCGGGUGUCACUUGCGGCGGCAAGACGACACUGGCCCACAGUCUGCACGAAUACUUCAAGGGCCUGAGCGGUGCACCGCUGUGGAACUCCCCAUACACCAUUGGCGAUGUGCAGCUAAUCUCCCAGGACGACUACUUUCUGCCUGUGGAGGACAGGCGCCACACGCUCAACGAGGCGUUGAAGGUGAUCAACUUUGAGCUCCUCACCUCGCUGGACAUGAGCAAGAUGUUGAAUGACAUUUCCCAGAUCAUCAAGGGACGGCAUCUGGCACCCGAGCCGGGCGAGCAGUUGGUAACCUAUGCUAAUUUCGAGCACUAUGCCCUGCAAUUCCAGCAGCAGUAUCACCAGCACCACUACAAUGCGAACUACUACAAGCAGGCCGGAGCCGUUAACGGUGCCUAUCAGUAUGUGCCUCAGCAGCAGCAGCCACGGCAGCAUCACCAUCCCCAGAUACACCACCAGCACCAGCAGCAGCAACAGCAACAGCUCCAACAGCAGCAGCAGCAUGCGGCGCACAUCAUGCGAUUGAAUGCCCAACUCGCUGCUCAGUUGUUGGAUAAGAAAAUCAACUUUCUCCUGGUCGAGGGUUUCAUGAUCUUCAACCAGCCGGAGCUGCUGGCCCUCUGCAAUAUCAAGUACCACUUUCAUUUGCCCUAUGAAAAGUGCUUCGAGCGGCGCAGGAAGCGAACCUAUGAUCCGCCAGAUGUUACCGGCUACUUUGAGCUGUGUGUGUGGCCGCACUACGAGAAGAACUUUAGCGAGUAUCGGGACUGCAAGGACAUUACCUUUUUGAACGGCGAAAUCUCCAGGGACAAGAUCUUCAAGUAUGUGCUGCAGCGCAUCGUCCACUACUUUGAGGAGCGCUGCGAUGUACCAGCGGCAGCGCCGCCCGCAUGUCCGCCACAGCAGAAACGCUUCGGUAUGCUCUACGUGGGUGGAUCGAGCAACAAUAACCCAACAAUAUUACCCACGGCCUGCCCCAUGGAGCAGUAGUAGGAUUAGCAAGUGGCUAAAAGUGAAUACCUUACCUUAAGGCAUACAUACGAGUAUAUGUACAACGUUUUUAUUAGUUAGUUUUAUUUCGUGUUUAAGAUAGUUUUUAUGUGAUGUGGAUGAGAUGUGAUGACAUGGAUAGUCUCUCUCUAUUGAAGGAAACCCGGUUCAGGAAUUCAUACUUUAGCUGUGCUAAAUAUUAUAUAAUUGUAUUAUAUUACGAUACUCUUUUUUUGUCUCUUCCCCCCGUUGAAGUGAAAUGUAAACCAACUGGAAAAUGGUUAAUUUGGUGAGGGAUUAACGAUGGAAAUAUCGAUGUAAAUGCGUAUAUAUGAUGAGUGAACCUUGUACAUAUUCUUUAGUGUAUAAUUAACCCCAACCCCCACACAAGUUUAAAGUUAGCCCCUAAGACGACUAUGAAACAAGAGAAUUCUAUUUUUUCUUGUGCGAAACAAAACACACACCCAACACACAGACAUACAAGUAAUGAAAAUAAAGAAACAUUUAACCAGAAAACUGCACACACACAAGAUAAGUAAAUGAUCAUCGAAUCGAAUUCAUUUCAAA